CUUUUUACCUUUCAAAUAAAUUAGAAAUAAAUCCAUAUCCUCAAAUAUAUAAAUCUUCUUAGAUAGUAUAGUACGCAACCGACAAUGCGUUGAUUACGGAAGUUAAAUAUGUUAAAUGUAUAUUUGUGCGUAAAAAUUAAAGUUACUCAUGCCCACUUGUUCCUCAAUUCGUGGAUUUUCAUUGUGACUUUUUUAGCACAAAACUUCAUAAAACCAAUUCCAUAGGUCUAAAUUUAUGAAAUGUAAAUUUGAGAAAACCGCAGGAAUUCCCAAAGCAGAUUUUUCUAAUGAUGGCAUGUACACAUUGUAGUUAAAAAAAAUUUGCUGAUCCAUUGGCCUCAGAAAUCUUUUCCAACUGCUUUUUGCAUUGUAUAACCGAUACCAUCACGACGAACUCCCUCUAUAGAAGGUAAAGAUUACGGGAAGAGAAUCAAUGCGGACGCAAUUUUAUUUAAAAUGUGUUAAAAUUUUAUAAAUAUGUGUUUUUAUUAAUAUCAAAAUUUUGUAAUAUAUUAGUUCUUUGAAAUUAUCUGAUACAGUGAAAUUAAUUACCCGUUUAGUAUUAUGCGUUACGUAAAAAGCAACACUGUUUAUUCAAUGCUGCUACUCGUUUACUUUCAAAAGGAAGUGUGGUGCUAGUUGUUAUACUGUUAGUGGACCUGCAAAUUAGUAUCAGUCAGUUAACAGCGAAGUUGAAAAAGUAUGUCCACACUCGUAUUUUUGAUUUAAUAAUAAUGAAAUACAAUAAUCGGCGCUUAAAAAUGUGAUAAUUUAAAACAAAAUUCUUAGUGAAAGACAAAUAGUACGUCAACGGAUGCACUUCAAUUAAUAACGGUGUAUCAUAUAAUGGCGCCGCCAGAUAUAUUUCAACAAAAACACUAAGCUCAAGUGGUUUCAUCUGACUUGCUGAAUAUAUAUGAACUAGCAUGAGCUUCAAGGAAAUGAAGCUAAGUACCUUGAGUCUGUAGUAAAAUUGUGCAGCCAUGGAAAACUUAUAAACAUACAUGUUGCAGGGAAUAACUUUGCUUAUUACAGAAUUGAAGACAUAUGUAUAAUUGAAAUAGUUAAUAUAUAGAGAAAAAAACAGAUUUCAUGCGCCGAAGCUUGAACUGAAUGACUAGAAGUUUAUAAACAAACAACUAAAUAUAAUUUUAAGCUGUUCGGCAGAUAAACCACCUUUUUGCUUAAAUCAUAAAAUAGGUGCGUUUCAUACACGGACGUGCGGCCCGUAUUUAUCAAACAACGCUCGUUAAUACCUCCCCUGCUACAUUUUGCCGUUUUGCUGAAGUACCAGAACACCGAGAUUUUUGUCGACUAGCUGCACGAAUUUUUCUUUCCUUACAUAUAUACUAGUACAUAAAUAUAUACGUAUGCAUGUACAUAGGCUUAAAAUUUGCUCGCAACUUUAGGCACUCCUGAGGCUACUUGUUGGCUUCAAUGCCAUGUUGGGGCAGAUUCUUCGCGACUGCAGCUACCACAUAAGAGGAAAACAGAGGGAACACUAUUACCUCAUUUGAUACUUUCGGUAGCCUAAAACUGCACCGCGAGAUAAACAACGGUAGCAAGGACAGAGAGGAAUAAAGAAGCAGUAAGAAGGCUAUUAAGCGCUAAAAUAAACCAAGUUAAACACUUACAUAUAAUUGUGGUUAUUGAGAUAUAGUAAAGCUCGUUAAUCUUGUAGAGGAUUUAAUUGGUAUGCACAAGUGGUCAGCAAUUGCGUUAAUAAAUUAACUACUUGUAGUUAUAUAAUAUAUACGACUAUUCUCUCUAAAAUAAAGACAGAAAUGAGCAAAUAUUAAAUAGUCCAAAAGCGAAUAUAUUAAAACUGAUGCUAAAAUUUAAUGCAAUCCAAUUGCCUUAUUUUGCUCUGGCGUCGUAAACUCAGUGGCAUUCUAAUCGUUUCCAGUCUGGUACUGUUUGCCCUUUGGACUUGGGUUUUUUUCAUUUAUAAUAGCAGAGACGUACAAAUCGAUGGUGAAAUUAAUCAUCUUAUACAAACUGAUAAUCCACAAAAACACGUGUAUUUUCUGCAAAAAUUAAUCUCGCAAGCAAAUCGUAUUUUACGCUACCAACAAAAACAGCAGAACACUUCAUCCAGUGUCAAUCACAAUCACAAUCUACAAGCGCGCCGCCCAACUGGCGGCAUACCUGUGCCAGCUGCAGCGCAUAGCGGUAAAAACUCCGGCAUUUUUCGCUUUGUCAAACCAUCUAAAAGUUCGCCUUCAAUUGGCCUGCUCGAAACCACAGGUCAGCCAGUUUUAUUAGGGUCGCGUCACAAAAAAAUAGCCGUGUUUGGUGCAAACUAUCUCUUCGAAGACGAGCGGCUAAAGAUACUUGAGAACCAGCAACGUGUGCGUAACGCCGGUAUGGGGGAGAUCCAGAGCAUGGACUAUGAACGUCUUCUUACAUCAGCUGAGCGACAGACACAAUAUGAGCAUGAAUUAUUACGAUUGGGCGUGCCAGCUAUUGCGGGCAUCGGACCGAGUGGAUCUCGCCCACCUAAUGAGCGCCUCGUGCAUUUAGAUUUGAAGGGUGCGCCGCCAAAGCUCUCUUUUUUAAAACGACUCUUGCCGAUGCUGAAAAAAUUAGGUGCGACUGGGCUGCUAAUUGAGUACGAAGAUAUGUUUCCAUACACAGGAAUUUUGCAAGCACUAUCUGCUAAAAAUGCUUAUAAGGUGGAAGAAUUAAAGGAUUUUCUGACAAGCGUUGUACUGCAAGGUUUAUCUAUUAUGCCUCUGGUACAAACAUUUGGACACAUCGAAUUCGCCUUGAAACUGCAAGAGUUCGAAAAUUUGCGUGAAAUACCCGAAAUUCCACAAUCUUUAUGCCCAAGUCAACAAGAUUCUAUUGGAUUUAUACAGAAUAUGUUGAGUCAAAUUAUAGAGUUUCAUCUAAGUAUAGCCGAAGCGGCUAUGAACAGUAGCAGUACGUCAGCUGGCGGAGCAUCAGUAUAUUCCACCGCAUUUACACAUAUCCAUAUUGGCUGUGAUGAGGUGUUGCGAAUGGGCGAAUGCAUUCGAUGUCGACAACAUGGCCGCCACGAGAUCUUUCUUUCCCACGUCACCACUAUUUCCAAUUUCGUAAGGACACAUUGGCCCCAACUUCAGGUGGUUAUCUGGGAUGAUAUGCUACGCGACAUGAUGCUAAGCGAAAUGCAGCAUUCUCAUAUUGGUAGCUACGUCGAGCCGAUGGUUUGGGUAUAUGCCAAUGAUAUUUACAGAUUCAUUCAGCCUCAAUUAUGGGACAUGUACGCGAAGGUUUUUCCGACCAUUUGGACGGCAUCUGCUUUUAAAGGCGCAUUUGGCGAGAGUCUAAUGAUACCGCCACUGCAACGUCAUUUAGAAAAUAAUAUGAGAUGGUUAGCGGUUAUUGCGAAAGAGAGUGGACGUUUCUCCAAAGGCAUUCGUGGUCUGGCAUUAACAGGAUGGCAGCGUUACGAUCACUUUGCAGUGUUGUGCGAAUUGCUUCCAGUUGGUAUACCCAGCUUAAUCACAUCGCUGUCUACUAUAUCGAAAGGUUAUUUCGUUACAAAUCCGAAGGAGAACGAUAUAUUGCGGGUUCUGGAGUGUGCGUUUCAUCCAGACAGUCGGCGCUCUGGACAUCCGUGGAUAGAGCUCCAUCCGAACUCACACCAUAGUCAGCUAUUCUCUGCGUGUUCAUAUCCUGGCAGCAUGGUUUAUAAAUAUGCGUUGCGUCUAUUUGAAAAGUUAUCGGAGUUGCAGAAUUAUUUGUUGCAUAUGCAGGAUCGUAGUGCCUGGAUGUCCGAAUAUAAUGUGCGUCAUAAUUUCUCCUCGCCAUCACGUGUAUACGAAUUGACUCACAAUACUCCGCUCUACAUUAAUGAGUUAAGUGCCAUGGCUAGAGAAGCAUAUGAGGUUAUGUUUGAUGUGUUUGAUGAGUACACUAUCGUUGAAUUUGUUGAGCAAAAUAUUUAUCCAAUGGUUGCCAGUUUGCAACGACAGUUAUUGGGAGGACAAAGAUUGUUACAGCGACGAGUGUGGCCACAACGUCCUCUUCCUUUUAAUGCUGAAUUGGCGCAAUUAAAUUUGGUUCCGACUAAUUCAAUAAAUGCGGACAAGAUUUGCUCGAAUGAUAUCAGCUGCGAUAAUGUAUGACUUCAAUAGCUUUAUAUUAUAUCGUUCAUAAACGCCUCGACAAUUAUGUAAACAUUCUAGGAGACAUUUUAUCUUGCCUAAAACACUUUUUCUAAAUAUUUUCAUUCAAUGUUCAAUGAACAAUCACUGUUAACAUUUUCUAAAGUGCUUUCUAAUAGUAUUAUACGAAUGCAUUACAUUAGAAAACAAUAUUUUACUCAAUAAAAAACAUAACAUUUUUUU